AUGAUGGAGGACCACGACUAUACGCUAGCCAGCCCCUUACCGGAGGAUUCAGCUAUUGAUUUUGACCCGUCUGCAGAUUUGUUGGACCAGGAGCUUACUCACACGCCAACAAAGGCUCCCGUCUCUAAAAAGAAGAAAAGGGACAAACCAUGUGAGGAGAGCGCCAUGGAAUCGAUCCUGAAAGCUGUUAAUGAGGUGAAAGUAGCUUUGGAAAAUCAGUCGGGCAAACUUGACACCCAAACUGAGUUGCUACGAAAGUUUGAAGAAAGGAUCGAGGCUAACACUGGAGACAUUAAAGUGAACCAGGCUGCAAUUACCAUACUGCAACAGUCAGGAGGUGAGUGA